AUGUGCAAUYUACUUCAAAAGGAUGUGGAGUUCAGGUUUGAUGAGAAAUGCAAGGAAGCUUUUGAUAAGCUUAAAGAGAUGCUCACAUCCGCCCCCAUUAUGAGACCAYSGAAUUGGGAUCUUCCCUUUGAGAUUAUGUGUGACGCGAGCAACUAUGCUAUCGGAGCGGUACUCGGUCAAAGGGUUGGAAAGAACCCGCACGUUGUUUAUUAUGCUUCAAGAACCCUCGAUAGCGCGGAAGCAAACUAUUCCACCACGGAGAAGGAAUUGCUUGCGAUUGUCUUCGCAUUAGAAAAAUUUCAUCAAUAUCUCUUAGGUACUAAAGUUAUUAUUUUUACAGAUCAUGCGGCGUUGCGGUAUUUGAUGACAAAGAAGGAUGUCAAACCAAGGCUCAUCCAAUGGAUUUUGUUGCUCCAAGAAUUCAACCUGGAUAUUAGAGACAAAAGUGGAACACAUAAUUUAGUAGCAGAUCACUUGAGCCGGAUUGUCUCCAAUGAAGAGCCGUUACCAUUAGAUGACAAGUUCCCAGAUGAGCAACUUUUUGAGGUGAAGACCACAGUUCCUUGGUAUGCCGACAUAGUUAACUACUUAGUCACCGGGACCACACCUAAAGAGCUACCGAGCUCGAAGAGAGAUAAGAUAAAGAGCGACUCCAAAUACUACAUGUGGGAUGAUCCUUACUUGUGGAAGAAAGGGUCUGAUCAAAUCAUCCGACGAUGUGUAGGUAAUGAUGAGAUUUUCCUUCAAAGAGNAAAAACGGUAAACCCAAGUAGGAAAGAUUGGAGUUUAAGGCUCAAUGAUGCAUUAUGGGCUUAUCGGACCGCCUACAAAUCCCCGAUAGGUAUGUCUCCUUUUCGUUUAGUGUAUGGGAAAGCUUGUCAUCUUCCCAUUGAGUUGGAACAUAAGGCCUUUUGGGCCGUGAAAAAUGUCAACUUGGACAUUGAUAAAGUCGGUAUUCACCGAAAAUGCCAACUCCAAGAAUUGGAAGAGAUACGCAAUGAUGCGUAUGAGAGUAGCUCUAUAUAUAAAGAAAAGACCAAAGCUUUUCAUGAUAAAAUGUCUUCUCGUAAGACAUUUGUUCUAGGUCAAAAGGUCUUACUUUUUCAUUCUCGAUUUAAGUUAUUUCCGGGAAAACUUUGGUCCCGGUGGGUGGGACCAUUUGUUGUUACUAAUGUUUUUAGUCAUGGUGCAAUAGAGAUUAAGAGUGAGAAAACGGGAAAAGUGUUCAAAGUUAAUGGCCACCGUUUAAAGCCAUUUUAUGAAGGUUUUAAACCUCUUGACGUGGAGGUUUUCAAGAUGGAGGUGCCGGAGGGAGGAUCCAUUUAG